AUGGGAAAGAUCAUAUUUUAUGAGGAUAGGAACUACCAGGGUCGUCCCUAUGAGUGCAGCAAUGACAAUCCUGACCUGCAACCUCACUUCAACACUUGUAACUCUGUCCGAGUAGAAAAUGGAUGCUGGAUGCUGUAUGAACGCCCAAAUUACAUGGGACAUCAAUAUUUCCUAAAGAGGGGGGAUUAUCCAGAUUAUCAGCAGUGGCAAGGACUCAAUGACUCCAUCAAAUCAUGCCGCUUAAUCUCCGAACACUUGGGAUCUGGAAUUCAUAAAAUUAGAGUUUAUGAAAGAGUUGACUGCAAGGGAGAAACAAUGGAAUUUAUGGAAGAUUGUCCAAAUGUGUAUGAUCGUUUCUGCUCCCAUGAAAUCCAUUCUUGCAAUGUUUUGGGAGGUCAUUGGAUUUUCUAUGAACUUCCUAACUACAGAGGUAAACAGUAUUUACUGAGACCUGGGGAAUACAAGAGGUUCACUGACUGGGGCUCUUCAACUGCCAAGGUUGGCUCUUUUCGACGUGUUUUGGAUCUCUAUUAA